AUGGGCUCGCCGCAAGACUUGGACUAUAAACCCGGGUGGGCGAUUUACUACAACCAUAACGAGCAAGCACCCGAUAAUGGCAGCCUGGCUCAGGAAUCAUAUCUUCCCAAGUCUAUGUGGAUCUUAUCAGAUACCAAGACGGAGCUCUCUACUGUGACGGAGCUCACAUCCCCAAGACUGAAGCUGCCUUGCCUUAGUAGUGAUGCAGCCGAAAGAGUCUUCCCAAUCCGCUCAGUCGUCUCCUUCGACUCUGUGCCGUCUUCUGCCCUUCCCACUCCCUCCUUUGAGAAACAGGACGCAGCAUUCCCUGGGCUGGUGGAGGCUUCCCAUCAGAACGAGGCUACUAAAGAUGAACCUGAGACACAAAAUAAUACCGCGAAUACCCCGGACCAGAGCUAG